AUGUCGGACUUACAAAAGCUUGAGAACACACAGAAGGCUUGUAAGAAGAUCCGAGAUGGAUUGGAGGCGUGGCUCGGAAAACCACUAAGUAAGAUAUGGUCGUGGUACGCAAAGUUUUUUUGAGUACAAAGUUCUUGAGUAGCCGUCACUCGAGUGACGGCUAUAUUUCUGGUGAUCACCAGAAAUAUAGCAAUAUAGCAGCAACUGCCUUUGAAGUGAUUUUGAUUCUACUUUCAUUCGAUACCCACUAGUAAGUUUAUAGGCAUCUCGUGGAUGCUGAUAUGCAUGCGGCACUCUGCCAAAACGCGGUUAAUUGGCGUGCGCUGAAAAUAACAUUUAUAACUAAAGUGGUAGAUGUUAUAUCAUUUAAGUACUUAAUUAAGCACUUGUGUGAUAUAUGUAUAUAUUUGUCACAUAAAAAAUGUGCAUUUGUGUAUCGUAUAAACUAUUAUUUACAUAGACAACAAUAGUCAGGCAUUAUCUGGAUCCACGUGGUCUUCAAAUGUUAAAGUUCUAAAUAAACUCAAAGGGAUUAUGGGUCGAAGUCAAUGCGUAAUCGCGAAUACUUUUUUAUUGUUUAAUGUAAACUGAAAUGUCCUGUUUGAAACAUUCUUUCGAAAAUGCUUUUUUAAUUUCUCUUUUUGACAAGAAGCUAGGCCUAAUCACAGUUGAAUCCUGUUUAUCACAUAAAUAAUUUGUAAUUUUCGGUUUAAGUCCCAGAACGGUAUUAACACCUUCCGUCAGUUAUAAAUUUUUCACAAGAGACUGUGCAUUUUUUUCUUAAGCAAAAAAAGGCAGCCACAAACAAGAUACACCCUUGUCAGAACUGGCCGCCGCAGAACAGAAAGCUGCGGAUUUGUUUCCGGAGCCUUCAUUGAGUACGUUUUAAUUUAAAUGGAAAACAUAUUUGAAAACUGCAAACUGUUUAUCAAACAGUUUUAAAUUUUUCUCUAGCAAUUUAAAUGAUAACACACUACAGUAAUUGCUUGUUUUUUUUAUUUAGAGACAACUAUGGCAGCUGUCAGUAAUGCAACUUCAGAGCUUGCCGCUGAGGAGCUAUCAUUUACUUCUGAGACAGCUGCAAAGGUUUUGUCAGUAAUCGACGCGUUUUUAGAGACGACAUAUCCUACACUCUCAGUAAAUAUUGCCUGCGCAUUAUGUUUCAAAAACCACUUUUUCAGACUUUUUCUUAUGUAUUUUUUCAUACGAUAUUAUAAAAGUCAGUAACUUUCCCGCUUUAUAUAGAUCUGGAGAGUUACUUCGUUUAUUAUUGAUCCAACGUUUCAGUUAGAAAGAGAAGUGCAACUUCGCUGAUUAAUAUUUUUACAUGGCUAUUGUGCUUUAAUUCAUCGACCAGUUUUUUUUUAUAAAUUUCAAGAAAAUCCCGUUUAAUAAAAAAAAUAGUACUUCGGCGACAUUGGCUUUAUUAUUUCGGCAAAAAAUACUGCAUUUUAUUUUGGAAAUUGGGUCAGGUUUGGCUUAGCUAGAUGUAAGAAAGCAGAGUGGAGUUCUGAAAGAACAUACAAAGAGAGUUUUUUAUAUCUUUGCCAUUUGUCUAUAUUCGCAUUUGAAAAUGAUCAUUAUCCAGUGGAACUGUGAAGUUUGACUGUUCUUUACCUUGUUAACGAAAUAUGUAUACAGUUUUUGGCAAAUUACUAUUCACUUUGGAAAACGGCGGUUUGAUGGCAGUCGGCCCUAUGUAUUUCACAAACACGCAAUAAACGACGUUUAUCGGUCUACAAAAUGCUUCACCAGAGGUGUUCUAUUCCAUUUAGAAAGAACUAAAAGCACAUGAAGCAUGCAAGACUGAUUAUGAAAACGCCUUGAAGAAAUGUGAGAAAGCCAGCAAGGUAGAUAAAAAGGAGAAAGUAAGUUUUACUUAAAAAAUAUCCUUUUAUCUCAUUUUCUGCCAUAUUUAUUACAAAUGUAUUUGUAAAAGUUUUAUUGCUUGUUUGGAAACUUUAACUUUAAGCGAAUUAUCUUUUGCUGUGAACACUAUUAGGCGGAAGCAGAGGUGAAGUUGAAGAAGCAACAAUUCGAUGGUCAAGCAGCCAGAGUAUCCGCAGUUAUCAAGCAACUGGAUAAUGCCUACGUAAGACAUUUAUCGUUUUCUUCCUUUCUUAUUACGCAGCGAUCAGUAUUUAGAUUGUGUAUAUUGUCUGCCGAAAUUUUUAAAUGUUGAAAUAUUCCGGCUGCAUAGAUUUAAAAUAAUAGGUUUUGCUUUUAUGUAAAGUCUGAGUGCGCGUAUUGUCCUUUGCAGCCACAACUUGAGAGUGCAAUGAUAGAACUUGUAGACCUUCUGGCAUUGGAACAUCAGAGGUCAGCCAACAUCAUGACGGAACUUUCGACAAGACUGAAAGUUGGAAAAGCGUAUGUUCCGUGCAUAAAUUAUAUGAUGAAAUUUUUGUAUAUCACCAAAUCACUUGAUUUUGUCUGGUUGAUAUUUUAGAGCAACGAAGACAACAUAG